AUGGGCAUCAUGAUGACCCUUCUAUCGGCAGCCGGCUCGCCCUACCUCCGACUACGGCCAACCUCACGGGGCGCGUGGGCGGUCGAGACCGCAGUCGUCUCGUGCGCCCUCCGCGACCGCGCCUCCGGCUCACGCCUGACAGUCGACCUCUUCUCGACUGUCCACCUUGCAUCGGGCGAGUACUACGCGGGCAUUAAGGCCGCUGCCCUGCCCCUUUCGCCGCGCGAGCAACUGGAGGCGCCCUCAAACCCGUUCGCAACCCUACGUCGGCAGGACGCCUGCACCGCACGGUACGAGCGCGUGCUCUUUGAGAUGAUCGCAGACGGAAGCUGCUUCGAACGUGGCGCCGACGGCGCUCGCCGGCUCGUGCGGCCGCUGCAGGCGAGCGAUCAGCAGCGAGUGCUCGCCGCUCAGUACGGCCUCACCGCUCAGAUGGACGCGCUCGAUCUCUGCGGCGACCCGUUUGUGCACUCGGACAUGUUGAGCGCUGAACUGGGCGAGGCGGCCUCCUCGCUCGCCACGGGAGGGCCGCUGCUCGACCGAGCGGCCGAGGCGUUGGGUGGGCUUGCGCCCGAGCUGCUGCUCCUCCUCGAUGACUGGAUAGCCUCGGGCGGCGCGUCGCCUGCCCCGGCGUUGCGGCCGAUUGCGCGCGCGGCCCUACGCGGCGACUUCGCUGCGGCGCGAUGGCCUCUCAACGCAGCAUCGAUCUCCGAGUGGCGCACCGCGUGGCUCAUCGGCUCGACCACUUCGGCCGAGGCGGCGGUCGGCGGCGCGCUCCUCUACUUUCUGCGGCACGCGGCGGUCUACGCGACCCUGUCGGCGUACGCGUUUGAUUGGGACCGGCGCUGGUACGUGGAGCAGGGCUCUGGAGGGGGGGGCUCUCAGCAGGAAGGCGGCGCGUUGGACGCGCCCGCCGACGCGCUUAUCCGGGCGGAUUCGGCUCUACUACGCGCGGGGCGCGAGCCGGAGGGGCCGGCGGGGCAGGGCAGGGAUAUGGGCACGCACCUCAACCUCUCGUAG